AUGGAUCACCUAAAGCACGUUCGACAGCGUCGACGCCUGAUGGAGGCUGUCAAGCUGGCUGCCCGUCAGAAGGGCAGCGACGCGGAGGAAGAGGAUACGCCUACCAAGAAAGCUCCCGUUACCGUUGUCCGAACCAAGUACAGGACUCUCGCCCCAACCUUCACCGGAGAGAUCGCAGGAUACACUACAAUCAAGCCUGGCGACUCGAAACCGACUCCUACCCCCACGCCAGACCGCGCUGAGACCACCAUCGUGGACAAGGGGACACCGGCGCAGGCCCCUCCGCCGGAAGAGACCGAAUCGACUCCGACCUCGCUCAUUGUCGCCCCCGACGCGGACCGAGGCGUGACCACUCCGACUUCUGUUGCGACUCAGCUUCCGAUCGCCACCGAGCAAAGCCAGUCCUCGUCUUCUUCUUCCUCGAACUCGAACUCGAACGAUGCGAGCGCGGGAGCCAAGGCCGGCAUCGCCAUUGGUGUCAUUGCGGGUGUUCUCGUUCUAGCUGGCCUCAUCUUUUUCCUGAUCAGGCGAAAGAAGAAGAAGGGCGAGCGACAGAGCUUGGAGGACGAUGAGAAGCUCCACGGAGCGUUUAGUUCGGCUAACUAUACCCCGACUGCCGCUGCUGCGGUUACUGCGGCCGCCGUCGCCUCGAGCCCCGUCACCCAUGGAAAUUACAACGAGAAGCCCGUUGCCGGUGGUGCCGCCGCUGGCGCCGCUCCCUUCAACCGUGGUCAGAACGAGCAACCCCGAUCCCCUGGCGUUAGCGGUUGGGAGCGUCCGAUGACGAGCCAGAGCCAAAGCUCAGCCAAUCCCUUCGGUCCCCAGGCUGAACUGCCUGGUUCGAUGCCUCCCAGCCCUUCGAGCGGUGCGCCCAUCGCUGCGGCCGCUGUUGCUGGUGCCGCCGCCGGGGCUACAGCUGUCCGCGGAAUGCAGCGCCAGACCUCGCGCAACCAUGGCCAUGGUCACGGUCCCAAGCCGCUCGAUCUCACGCUUGGCCCGCCUGCCCCUCUCCAGGGUGUUCCUCCUUCGCCCGUUGGUACUGAAUACAGCGUGAGCUCGAUCUCUCCUGGCCAGCAAUUCCCUGCUUCCUCCAGCGCGGCCGCUAUCGCAGCUGCUGGUGGCCCCGCCGGUUCCAUGGUUCAUCGUGUCCAGCUCGAUUUCAAGCCAACCUUGGAGGACGAGCUCGAGCUUAAGGCUGGUCAACUUGUUCGACUCCUUCAUGAAUAUGACGAUGGCUGGGCUCUCUGCAUUCGAUUGGAUAGGUCCCGUCAAGGUGUAGUCCCACGAACUUGUCUCUCGACUCGACCGGUUAAGCCUCGUGCUCCAGGUGGCCCCAACGGACAGCAGCGAAUCGGACCCCCCGUCAACCCCAGCGGUCGUCCCAUGACCCCUAGCGGCCGCCCGAUGACGCCCCAGAAUGGUAGCCCCGCUCCUCUCCAGAUCCGACCUGAGUCUCCGGCCCGCCCUGGUACCCCCAGCGGCCUCAGCUACCCGCCUCAGCAACAGCAAUCGUCCGGUCCCCGGUAUCAGCCCAUGCCUCCUAACCAGCGCCCCAAUACCCCCAACAGUAUGGGAGGACGAGCGAGUCCGGCUAUCCCUAGGACCAUGAGCCCCGCUCCUGGACCCCUCUCGGCUCCUAUUCCUGCUCCAGUCGCUGCCCCCAUUGCCACUCCCGUUGCCACUCCCGUUGCCGCUCCUGUUCCUGCCCCAGCUCCAGCCCCGGCCCCGGCUCCUAUUCCGGCUCCAGCACCUGUUUCGGCUCCUGUUGCGGUGUCUGAUAGCCCCACCCUCGCACCGGUUGCAAGCCCCUCGCCUCCAAUUCUUGCGCCGAUCCCAAUCUCCGCUCCGCUCGCGACGAUUGAUGAGCCUGUUGCCGCCCCUACCACCGAAUCUGCAGCCCCCGCGGCGCCCGAACCCACAUCCUCGCCCGCUCCCUCCGCGAGCACUCCCGCUUCACCAAUUUCUCGCCCUGGACCCAAGACGGGCUCGAUAAGCCGCAAGCCCGUCCCCGGACAGGCCAUGUAG